AUGGAAAAAAUAAACUCAAAUGAAGUUACUGCAGUCAGACAAACUGAGGUCCUCUUCGUACAGGCAACAUUCGCAGAAGAAGUUCAGACAUUCUGGCGCCAGUGGGUUGAGGCCGUGUUCCCUGACCUCGAGUCUCGCGCCUACUUCCUGCCUCCUGUCUACUUCAACCGCGUGCCGAUGACUAGACAGACCAUUGCUGGUCAGGAUGUUAAGGUUCUUGACUCCCCAACUGAAAAAGCUAAUAAACGAAGGGGUCUUCUGAAAAAAAUAGGAUCUUUACUGAAGUCAUCCAAAACACAUGAACCACAACAUCAAGCUGUAUUACCUUCCAACACGCCGGUGAUGACUCCAUCAGAAACAGCUGAGACUUCCAUUUCUCACCCUGCUACAGCCCAGGACAGUGACAUUAGAGAUGACACAGCCAUGAAACAAGUUCUCUUAUGUCUUCAGAGUUUGUCAGAAAAGACAGGAGAAGUGUUAGUUGGAAUCACUCGGCUUGACUUUGGACAAUAUCUGAGUGAACCUUGUUUUACUCUGGCGGCUGCCCAGUUACCCCGAGCCUCCAGCCUGCCUCCUGACUUGCCACAGAACUGGAAACAGGGAAAAUUUGAUGUGCUUCUUAUUCACCGACAUUACGGUCUUGUCGUCUGCAAUGUGAUGUCGUUCGGUGACAUGACAAACGACCUUAAAAUGUCACAGGAGGAUAUUGUCAAGACCAUCAGAAAGAAGCUGAGAGACGCCGUGUUACAGCUGAACAAAGCGGAGGCCAUGUUGUCUCACCUGGUGUCUGAUGUCUGUCCCGGUCUGCGCAUCACCAAGACCAUCGCCGUCCCUAACCUCACGACUGACCAGGUACAGCAGGCCAUCUCUCACGACUCACAACUCACUGAGGACCUGCAUUGCUGUCUAAAAACUACUGACCCCGCCGACAUCGCUGGCAUGUGUCUGUGCUGUGAUCAGUGGUGUGACCUCAAGACCCCAUGUGACGUCAGUAGUCACGUGUUAAAGAAACUCGGCGAAUGGUGGACACGACGUGUGACUGUGUCUGGGCCUGACAGUCACAUGACACGUCACGUGUACAAGACACUAGUAGCACGGUUCUGUGGUCCGGCGACAACAGUGACUGUGCCAUGCACAUGUCCUCCACGUGUGAAUCAGCAUGCAGAAUAA